AUGUCUUCUUUCUUGUCAUUCUUCCAGGGCUCUGAAAGGUUGGGACCUAUAGUUUUUCCUUCAACUCCUACUCAACACAUCGCAAAUGCGGCACCGAGCCCAACAACUCCACGUAAAUCAUCAGAUUAUCCACAGCAAGCGACAGCAGGUGUUAGCAUUAAAAGUGAAAGCAAUGACAGUUUUCCGGCGCCAAUUGCUGCCUCAGCAGUGGCUAGUGUGGGGGGCGCGGCACAUGGUGCGGGUAGUGGUGGUGGAGCGCACGUUGGCAUUGGGAGUAGUGUUCCAGGAACAUCUCCAGCUGCUUUUGCACAACCGCAUAAAGAUAAUGUUGCGUUGGCAAAGAAUAGUAGUCAAACUACGCAUUCUCAUGCGGCCGAUGGAAUGUCGCCGGCUACAUCGAGAGUUCUAUCGCCGAUGGUACAACCGGCAGCGGGAGCAAGUACAAGCGGGUCUGUUGUUGCACCUGUACAUACGGUUACAAUUACUAAUGAUAAGUCUAUGUCUUCUGGUUCAAGUGUGCAACAACAACAGCAGCAGCAGCAUCAGCAACAACAACAACAACACCAACAACAACAAAUGCAUCCGCAGCAACAGCAUCAGCAACAGCAGCAUCAGCAUCAGCAGCACCACCACCAUCACCAACAUCCACAAUUGCUUCCCCCACAGCCACAACAGCAGCAUCAGCAGCAACAACAACAACAACAACAACAACAACCAAGUAUGGCAGGCGCUCAGCCGAGUUUACCACCACCCUUCUCGGCUCCAUCGACGCAGGUCUCCACAGAGCCCAGAAGCUUGGUGCCAUCAUCACCUGCAGCACAACUUAUCGACAACCCAUAUGGUCCGAAGCUAGCAUCGAAUACAGUUGGCGCACAUCUUGCUCCCCCGCCAAUCAAUACCUCAUCAAUACACGGUAAAAAUAUGCCAUCAGCACUUGGCGGCAACAGUGUACAGUCUUCGGUAGCCCCAAUUUCAAUGAUAUCUGGUCCGAUUACCUCGACCGUAACCUCGGGACCUGUAAUGGGUGGUAUUGGACAUGCGAGCAGACUUGGAUCGGGACCACAAAUGCAUCAUAUGCCUAGCGGAUUUGCUUCGGCACCAUCGGGGCCAAACUCUGGUGUUGGUCCAAAGCCCGUUGAGGUGACGGCCACAGCGGACGUACCAAAAAGUAUUGCAGCACCACCCCCACCACCACCAGUAAUGAAUGGAUUUAUACCCGGUUUUAUGCCGGCAAAUGCAACCGGUCCAAAUAGUAUACGCAUUUCGCCACACAUGGGUGGUCAUAUGGUGCCGGUGACUAGUGGUGUGCCGCCAAUCUCGAUUGUACCGAUACCAGCAACAGCAACAACGACAAUACCUACAACAGGCAUUCCAUCUGGUUCCUCUGCCAAUGCUAUAAAUGCAACAAUUUCUUUACCAGUUACCGUGGCGGCCUCGACUUCGUCGGGGUCAAUGACACCGAUAACAAUGUCAAGCAUGCCGAAAGGACCUUACAUGGUUAGUGCAACAACUGCAAGCUCAAUAUCAAGCAGUGCGUCAGGUUCUGUAGCACCAAGCCAUGGUAUGUUUGUGCAAGGCAAUCCGGCGAUUUCCUUACCAGGUGGACCUCCUAUGUUGGGCGGUGUACCCAACGGUAUGGCGCCAAUGCUAAUACAUUCACCCUACCGAACGCCAUAUCCGGGUUAUCCAUUGUAUGCGCCAUAUAGUGGACUGCCACACAGUCCUUAUCUUCCGCCAGCUGUGCCAUCUCCUAAUGCAUCUCCACGCACAAUCGAUACGCGCACUGGUAGAGAAAUAACACAGGUUGCACCUUCACCCAAAGUGAUUGCGGCAGGAAUGCGACCAGUUACUCCGGUAACCAGUGCAACAGCGGUCUCUACAACACCUAUCAGCAGUAGCGGUGGUACAACAAUUCCAGCACCGCCACCCACGGCUACCUUAUCCUCGGUUCCAAUGCCAAUGACAGGAUUGCCACCAGGUUCAGCGCAAAAUCUGCCACCAGGCCAAACUACGCAUUUACUGCAUCAUUUACCAUACGGCGCAAGUCCUCACGGCCCGCCACAACAAAUAACAGGUGGAGUUGGUUUCCCUAUGGGUAUAGGGGUACCCCAUAGUAGCCAUAGUUACGGUGGUAACAGCAACAACAGCAGUCACAACAGUAGCGGCAAUAACACGAACACCACAACAACAGCUACAAUAGCGAAUGCAACGGCUUUAAGUAGUAAUAGUAAUAACAACAGUGGUCCUCAUGGUAGUGGCAACAGCGUGCCUGUAAGUGUUGCCAAUACACAAAUUCCAAUUCAACGUGGCGAUACUUCACAUUUGCUUCCGCCACCGCCUCCACAUAUGCUUUCUCAUCCAAAUCUACCACCUCCACCCGGCCAUGUCGGCGGUGUGACGAGUGGCCCACAUAUGGCGCCCAUGCCACAUAUGCUAAUGCAUUCACAACAUGGAAUGCUGCGCGGCAUUUCUCCCAGUACUACCAGCACAAACAGCUGUAGUGCUUCUGCACUACCGCUAAUUGGUGUCCCAACUUCUUCAUCUGUGAUUCAGAGAGUUAUCUCCCCUAAAAGUGAAAAUCCCAGCAGAGAGCGUGAUAUUGCUUACAGCAUACCGCGUUCUGCGCCAUCCAUCAAUACUCACAGUAGCGGCAGCAAUAGUACACCAACAGGUGCUCCUCCAUACAUAACAACGGCUGUCAGUAAUAACAGUAGUGUUGGUUCAGCUAUGCCAGUACCCUAUAGUAGCACGGUUUCCGCUUUGCAUACAAUGCAUUCGCUUCCAACAACCACAAUGGCAUCGCCACAUCAACACAUUGCAACACCGCCUAGUCUACCCUAUCCACCAAAAAACACAUUAUGGCCCAGUUCAUCGCUGCAAUUAACACCAUCGACAACGACAACAUCGUCGUCGUCAUCAUCAUCAUCAUCCAGUUUGGCAACGCGGCCGACACCACCGCCGGCGCCACCUCAGUCAUCAUUGAAUACCAGUGCAUCGGUUGCUUCAAAUGCUGCGGCUGCGGCUGCGGCUGCUGCUGCCGCCUCUAUGCCAGCUAAUUCAGCUUCGCCCCAAACAACGCACGCUACCGCUGGAGCAACUGCCCCAUUUCAGCCUUCAUUUUUCAUUACGCCAUUGCCUCCUCCUCCACCCACAGUGUCUGGCUCAGUGCCAAUUAGUAGCAAUAGCGGAACAACGCCCUCUACAUCCAUGGCGGUGUCAUCGGGAACAAGCACGUUAUCUGGUCCAGCGCCAUCGGCUGCUGUUGGUGGUGGUACAACAUCCUCAUCUUCAGCAUCAAGCACGCAAACAACUGUGACGACAGCAACCAGUACGCCAGUAACAACAUCGGCACCUCAUCCCUUCUCGGCUGAAUCUCUAUUUCAAACUAGUAAAAAUGAUCAAGCAGAUCUGUUGAGGCGCGAAUUGGACAGCAGGUUUCUCGAUCGUUCUGGUUUGGCUGUACAACCGCCGGCACCACCACCACCCUCCACGUAUUUGCGCCAGGAGCUGCACCAUCAUCAGCACCAACAUACACACCUACAUCAGCAUCAACAGCUUAUCCCAGCCGCUUUGCCGGCAGCACUACCAGCUGCACCGCCCCCAGCACCGGCACCUAUCUUCCCGCAAUUAUUCAAAGACAUUCCAAAAAUAGCGGCCGUGGAAACGCCAUUCUAUCGCACCGGCAUCGGUUUGCCUGGCUAUCCGGGAUAUAAUUCGGGAUUAUUACAUCCAGGACUGGGCGGUGCAACGCCUUUUAUGCCGCCUGGUCAUCUAACAACAUUCGCGCCAAAGCCGAUACCGCCAUCAUCGCCCUCCGCUAACACCAAUGCCACGAACUCAAAUAAUCCACCAACGAAUCUUGAUUCCUCUAAAUCUGCAAGGUUUACGAAAACUGGUCGUUGGAAUGCCAUGCAUGUGCGUAUCGCGUGGGAGAUUUACUAUAAUCAAAACAAACAAAAUCCAGAUAAGUUAGCCAAUACACAAAUGGGUGUUGCUGGCGCUUCGCCAGUUGGAGUAUCACCGGGUGGUGCGCCAACAUCGUUGAGCGCCACUGGACCGUCGCCAUCUUCCUCGGUAACGUUGAGUGGACUUAAAACAUCGCCAGCGUUAUCGUUAAGUUCCGCAUCGCCACAUAUGCUGCAUCGGCCCGGAGAAUUACCACCCGGUGCUAUGGCAGCCUAUGCCGGUGCUUUGCCAGGUCGUUCACCAUUCGAAACAUCGCCGUUAUCGACGAGUUUUAUUGGCGCGCCACCCAGUCAUAUUGGCACAGCGGUAUCGCCAUUCGGACGUUAUGCGGCACCAUUUGGCUUCGGUUUGUCACACUUCGGCUGUGAGACGUGGCGUCCGCUCCAACGUACUGUCGCAUAUCAUCCUGGCGCUGCAAGUGCACCAAUGUGGCCACUCAAACCUGACCCGGCAUUGGAUAAUGCACGACGUGAAGCGGAGGAGCGCGAGCGAGAGCGUGAGAUGCGUGAACGUGAGCAACGUGAACGCGAGCGACAGCGUCGCGAACGUGAGGAGCGUGAACGCAAAGAAAAGGAAGAGAAAAUUAAGCGUGAACAACAAGAACGUGAGCGUGAGCGCGAACGCGAACGGGAGCGUAAAGAGCGCGAGCGACGUGAAAUGGAGCGGCGCGAAUUGGAGCGUGAACGUAUGUUGCAACAACAACGUAUUAACGAAAGCAACAAAUUAUCGCAGGCAGCCGCGGCUGCUGCGGCAAUGAACUCAACACAACGUGAUCGUUCGCCACAUCGCAACAUCAACGAUCCGCUGGGCGGGCCCAGCGGCGGCGAAAUACGUAUUAAGGAGGAACACCCGCGCACCAAAGAAGAACAAGAUGCUAUGCUUAUGCGCGCUUCAGCCGCAGCAGUGGCAGGCGAUCCGCGCUAUCACCAAUCCAUAGCGGUAGCGCAAGCUAGUGCGGCAGCGGCUGCACACCAUGCAUCGUUUAUGGCCGGACGUCAUGGUCCGCACGCUGUGGGACCACCACCACCGCCGCAUCUGGCACGCACCAUGAUGUCAACAUCAUUGGGCGGCCCACCCAUGACACAUUUCGGUCCACCGGGUCCACCCGGCUGGCCAAUGGAUCCCUAUCGUGAUCCGUACGCACCAAUGGUACGCUAUAAUAUAUUAGAGGCGCUGCGUCACGAAGAGGAGCGACACAAAGUGUUAAGCAUGUAUGCGGCGCAAUCGGCGGCACACUUACGCGGCAAGGAACCCAGUCCUAUACCGCCGCCAACAGUGGGUGGUCCAUUAGGACCACCACCGCCACCACCACAUCAUCGCAUUCAACAAUCGCCGCAUCAUCAACAGUCACCGCAUCAUCAGCAGCAGCCUGGCGGUGUGCCACCGCCACCUACGAUCAUAGGUAAGCCGCCAACGCUUGGCGGCAUGCCACAUCCGAUUACCGUGGAUACGCAUCAUACGACAAAGAAGGAAGAUGUCGGUCCGAAUGUUGGGGUAGGGGUAAGCGGCAUGCAAACUGCGCCUUCGCCAUCGGCGCAGGGUCGAUGA